AUGAGAGAGAUUUUGGCCUUUGAGGUGAAGUGGAGCCGGGCUCCUGUACUUGAUGUGGAAUUUUCUCGUUUUGUUUACAAGGGUGGAGAAGUUGGGGCUGACACCGAGUAUGAAGCCGGAAGGAAGUUGCAGGAACUGAAGCUGCAACAGGAGGGAAACGAAUACGAUGAUGAAGAUAGAAGGAGAGCCGAGGCAGACUGGGAAACUACAGCCAACAGGGGCACGGCAGCAAGGAGCAACAUAUACGGUGCCAAGGGCAGCGUGGAAGAGGCCAUCGAGGAGAAGCUCACAAUGCCGACCGACAUUGUGAAGGAGACCCGCUCGGCAAGCGAGUACGGCGGCCCCAAGAGGGCGGAGGUGGCGAAGGUGCUGGUGGACGUGGAGGAGACACCCGGCCGAAGCUGCAACCUCAGACCUCGACGACGAGGAUGAGUUUUGACAACGUUGGCCGGGGCGACAACUGAUAUAUGAGAUUUCCCCCUUUCUCGUUACUGAUGGGUGGGGUUAUGUAAAAUCAAGAAUGUUUAAAUGAAGUCACGACGAACCCAGUGAAUUUAUCCCCAGUCCAGUGUCUUCAAUUGAGGUAGUAAUACACGGCCGUUGGUACGUGCUUUUCU